UUUUAUAAUAUUAUAUAAGAGCGUGGCGGUCGACUGUGGUGGUUCGUCGAGUGGUCUCCAUUCCUGACACACGAGGCGGCUGGCAGUCGCAAUAGUGAAUGAGCCGACGCCGCCCAAACAGUGUGCGCACACAAUGAAUACCGUCCGUUCGUGUUUCGCCACCACAGUCGCGUUUCUCGUUAUCGCGAUCGGUUGGUGGGCCGCUGACGCUGUGGUCUGUUGCAACAGUAGUUCAGUCGCAAGUGGCGGCGGAGACCUUGUCGCGUCAUGCCAGUACAAAAAUAGGACGUUCCAUACGGUCGAGGCAUUCGGUGGUGGCACGUGCGAUGACAAUCGGACAGCCGUGCGGAUCCGGAAGUGCUGUGGCCCGGGCCAGUCGUACGAUACGAUAUUGGGGAGCUGCAAACCUUCCGGGGCAGACAGCGACGAGCAAAUGCAUCGGAUGAUGCAGCUACUGAGGGACGAAUCUCAGGUGGUGGCCGAUGCGGUGAUGGUUGGUUUUAAUUAUGAGCCACCAUUGUGUGACGCUGGGAACGUGCUAGUCGACGUGCCCCCCGAGGAGAUGAGGUGGAUGUUAAAAGCAUACUCGUCGGUCGCCGAGUUGCCGCCGAGCUAUUGCUUCGACCUGUCGCAACCCCGUUGGCUGGUGGCCUGGGAGUGCCGGAGUGACCAGAUCUGCGACCAGGGUACUUACAUGUGCGUCCAUAAGUGCUGCAAGGGCAACCAGAUGAUAGUCGACGGCCCCAAUGGUCCGGAGUGCACACUGAGCGAGAAGCCAUUCACGAUGUCCGCCUAUGGAAUAGACGAGGACGACCUGGUGCUGCCAUACUAUGAAGAAUUCAAAUGUUCACACAGGGACAUAUUGGACGACGGGUUCCGGUUGACCACGAAUGGCCUUUACCUCAUCAACGAAGACCAGUACGUACCGCUAACGGAAUAUUGCGUGGGGUAUUCACAGGUAACCGACAGCAUAGUAGCGUUCAUAUGUGAUGCUCAUACCGUGUUUAUGGUCAAACGUGCAAUUGCCAGCUUUUUUGACAUAUCAAUCGGGCGAGUUACGUGGCGUCUGCCGUGUGCUUGGCGUUCACGCUGCUCCUAUAUAACACACUGCCCAGCUUCCGAAACAUCCAAAACUACUACGUCAAGUGCUACGUGCAACACCAGUUGUUGGCGUGCAUCUGCGUAAUUUACCAAAUGAGUAUGGGAAAA